AGGUGGAAAGAGUUUUCCGGCGCAUGUACAACCUUAACAACGGCGAGGACAUCGUGGCCCACAUCAAACACGCCCUCUGCGCCGCCUACUUGAUCUCCCCCGACAGACUCAGGAGCAACCGCCGCAGCAUCCUCAAACUCCUCUUCGCCGACGACCCCCUUCACUCCCCCGAUUCCGAAGACGAAGAAGAAGAAGAAGUUGCCGGCUUGGCGGCCUCCGCCCCCGCCAGCGGCGGACCAAUAGUAGAUCAUCCUUCCGGCCGCCUGCAGGGGGUGGUCUCCAAGAAAGCUGGAGGGGAAGAAGAAGAAGAAGAAGAAGAAGAAGAAGAAGAAGAAGAAGAAGAAGAAAGGUUCAAGAAAGCUAUUGCCAAGAGAAAGUCGUCGUGCCGUGAAAAGGAAGAAGACGGCGAAAAGAGAGGGAAAUUCCUCCGCGUGGGUCACAGCAAAGUCCGAUACAAUAUUAGCGAUGAGGACAAACCUAAGCCUUAUCGUACUCAGAAAUCUUUGAGCGAGCGCAAACGAUCCAUAGCUGCCUUGAAACGUCAUGUUGAUCCGCUUCCAUCAAGUUCAUCUGACACUGAUCCUUUGUGGAAUUUCCGGAAUAAAUACCUAGGGGGUGAGCAUCUCCCUGAUGGAAUUGAGUGGGGAUCAGAUCUGGAAGAAGAUUCAUCAGAUCUUGAGUCUUCAUUCAACACUGAUGAUAUUCUAGAAAUGAGCUCGGAAACAGAGGUGUUGUUGUCCGAGCCAGUCGGAAGUCCCUCCAAAAUUGAAAGAUAUAAACAGAGUAAUGUCCUUUAAUCUUCUCUCCUUUACACUUUGCGCAUCUGUAUGCAUGUUAUUUUUGGGCAAACUAAUUAUGCAAAAAUAAUUAAUCUUAACGUCAAUG